CAGUUGUUAUGGGAGAAGGGGGGGAGGUAAUGAUAAUGCCAGCCUAAUGCGUGGUCUCGACAUCCGAAAGGUCAGUCCUCCCCUCCCCACCCCUCUGCCAAAAAAAAGAGACCAUCAGAGUGAGGAUAGCAAAUCUCCUCUGGGCUCCUGCCUUUGCUCUUUUAGUCCCAUGUAUUUAUAGCUGGGAACAACUGUUACUUAAAAUGGAGAUUUAAAUAGGAGGAGGUGGUAUGUGUGCAUUCACACCCUGCCUCUUAUCUGUUCUUCCUUCAUACGCUAUCGUAACAUGCCCCUCUUUCUCUCUCCCUGUUUCUCCGAUCAGGGACUGUAAGCAGAACUGGAAGGGAAAGGCGAGGAUAUUUUUUUGGUUAUCCCUACCUCUUUUGUUGUUUGUUUUGCUCAGUGAAUAGUAUAUAAGUUUAACUUUUCCCAAUGAAGGGCACUUGGCUAUGCCUGGCCGUCUUUUCCCUGGCCUGCCUCUGCUGUAGGGCGGAAGACGGUCUCCACUUCCCCAGGUAUGACGGAAAAGACAGAGUUGGCAUCGUCGACAUGAAAAACUACCAGAAGCUUUUGCAAAAGUACGACAUCCUGUGCCUCAUGUACCAUCAGGCGGUACCUGCAGGAGAUAAAGUUGCCCAGAAGCGCUUUGACCGGGCCGAGCUGGUGCUGGAGAUGGCAGCUCAGGUCCUGCAAGACAAAAACGUUGGAUUCGGACUUGUCGAUGAGAAGAAAGAAGCCAAGGUGGCAAAGAAACUGGGUCUGAUAGAAGUUGGGAGUGUGUAUAUCUUUAAAGGCGAUCACCUGAUUGAGUAUGAUGGUGAGCUGUCUCCUGAUGUCCUGGUAUCAUUUCUUCUAGACGUGACUGAAGACCCUGUGGAACUCAUCGAAACCCGGGCAGAGGUUCGAUCUUUCGAGAGGACAGAUGAAGUUAUUAAAUUGAUUGGAUACUUUAAAAGUGAAUCUUCUGAAAAUUACAAAGCCUUUGAAGACGCAGCUGAACACUUCCAUCCUUACAUCAGGUUUUUUGCAACUUUUAAUAAAGGGGUUGCAAAGAAACUUUCACUGAAGAUGAAUGAGGUGGAUUUCUACGAGCCUUUCAUGGAUGAUUCAAUCACUAUUCCCGAUAAACCCCAUUCAGAGGAGGAAAUCGUGGAGUUUAUUCAAGAACACAAAAGAUCAACUCUCAGGAAGUUGCGUCCGGAAGACGUGUUUGAGACAUGGGAGGACGACAUAGAUGGGAUUCAAAUUGUGGCUUUUGCUGAGGAAGAAGAUCCUGACGGCUAUGAAUUUCUGACAAUCUUAAAAGAAGUAGCACGAGAAAACACAAACAAUCCAGACCUGAGCAUUGUGUGGAUAGACCCAGAUGACUUCCCUCUGUUGUUUACUUACUGGGAGAAAACCUUCAAGAUUGAUCUCCAUAGACCCCAGAUUGGAGUGGUGAAUGUCACCGAUGCCGAUAGUAUCUGGAUGGACAUUAAAGAUGAUGAUGACCUACCAUCAGCUGAGGAACUGGAAGAAUGGCUUCUUGACGUUCUCUCAGGAAAGGUUAAUACGGAAGAUGAUGAUGAUGAUGAUGAUGAUGAUGACGAUGAUGAUGACGAUGAUGAUGACGAUGAUGAUGACGAUGAUGAUGAAGACGACGAUGAUGAUGAUGACGACGAUGAUGAUGACGAUGACAAUGAUGAUGAUGAUGAUGAUGAUGAUGAUGACGAUGAUGAUGACUAAUCAUUGAUCUGUAAUCUUCAUUUAUCAACAAUGUGAACAAAAUAAUUCUAUAUGUUCAAAGGUAUUUUAAAACAGAUAUGUGUUAUUUGAGAGAAAUACUUGAAAUGAAUUCAAAUUCUCCUAACGAUCAAAGUAAAAACAGAUUUAAAAAUGAAAGACAACUGAUUUAUAAAUCUUACUCUGCUUAUUUUUUUAAUCGCAGUUUCAUCAUUUUCCUGUGAUCAUAACAAGCUUGAAUUUACACUGCUCUUCUCAACACCUAAGAUCAACUGGACACAUUUUGCAGCUGAUUAAAUGUGAUUGAAACGUUGAGAGAGACACACAAGAUGCAAACACAAGGUGCGGGAGGAACUCAGUGGGUCAGGCAACAUCUGUGGAGGGAAUGGAUCAGCAACGUUUUGGGUUGAGGAAGGACCAGACUGAAGAAGGGUCCCCAACCGAAACAUCAUCUGUCCUUUCCCUCCACAGAUGCUGACUGACCUGCUGAAUUCCCUCAGCACUUUGUGUUUUGUAACGUUGUUGUAAUAAGGUGGCACAAUGACGCAGCUGGUAGAGCCAUUGCCUCACAGCGCCAGAGACCCGUGUUGAUCAAUACGUGACAUUUGCACAUUAGUGCCCUCCAAUGUUUUACAAGUCCACACUUUUCAUAUCUCCCAAUGCAAAACUACUGGAUGUUUCUUUGACAAUGGUUACUGAAGAAUGCAAACCACAAUUAGACCAUGCAUGUGCUGCAGUUAGGAGGUCUUUGUAUUGAGAGGGCAGUUUUAAUGCCAGUCAUAUUAACUGCAUGAUUUUAAUUUUAAACAUUAGGGACAGCGACACAGCUGCUGCCUCACAGCGCCAGAGACCUGGGUUCGAUCCUGACCUCAGGCGCUGUCUGUGUGUGGAGUUUGCACGUUCUCCCUGUGGCUGUGUGGGUUUACUCCAGGAGCUCUGGUUUCCUCCCAUAUCCCAAAGACGGCGGGAUGUGGUAAAUUAAUUUGUAAAAUUGUCCCUUGUAUGCAAAGUAGGAUAGUAUAGCACUAGUGUGAACAGGAGAUCGAUGGCUGGCAUGCACUCUGUGGGCCGAGUUACCAUGCUCAUCUCAUAUGUAAUCUAAUCGAAUUUAACCUACGGUAACAAAAUCUAAUCUAAAUAUAUUCUUACUCUGCCUUGGUUCUACUUGAUAGGUAAUGCUGUCUGUAACUGUUUGACCAAGACAUGAUCCAACACAAAACAUUGCACUAUGUUUGUAGCAGAUAAAUGAUACCCAGCGUUCUAUAACAAAUAUAAACCAGAAAAUUAUUUGAGGAAAUAAUUAUUAAAGAUUGAUUUCUAAUUAAGGAAUUGAAUAUAUCAACUAAAAGUAUAUUAUAAAGCUCAAAGUAAAAAAUCAAAGCAUCAUUGCAUAUUCAAGGUCACUUUUGUUAUUGGAAACAAGAAUUUAACUUUCAAUGAUUCAAUGAUCAAUGAUAUUUUAUUGUCACAUGGACCUAGGUACAGUGAAAUGCUUUGUGUUGCAUACAACCCAGUAAAAUCAUACAGCAGACCACACCUCGGCAGUAUACAGAGUGUUACCACAUUUAUGCUGCUGACAAACCAAAACCUGUUUAUCAUUUUCCUGUUCAAAGCUUUUGCAAUUCAUAUUUUUAAAUGAAUAUAAGAUUAACAUGAUAAAAACUGCAGAUUCUCAACAUGUUGAGGCUCUUACAUGUGUUUUAAACAAAGAAUUAAUAUAUUUUCUCAAUGCAAGAAUGUGCACAGGAAUUUAUAUUGAACCGUUCUUGGUGUAACAUAAGAAACAUACAUAUAGGUAUGUGUGUGUCUGUCCUAGAUGUCUCCACUAUUAUUGGAGUCUGCUCCACUGUGGCAGCUUGUGUUAAAUAUAAAGAAGAGAAAUAUAGAUAAAUAUCUCUGACCAUGCAUUAUGCCUUCCAUGGAAGAAUGUCGCCUAAUUUGUUGGGGGUCAUGUCUGGGAGAAGCAUUUCCUAUGGCGGCCGACAGUGGCGCAGAGGUGGAGUUGCUGCCUCCACCGGAGACCCGGAUCAAUCCUGUCUGUGCUGUCUGUUCGGAGUUUGCAUGUUCUCCCUGUGACUGCGUGGGCUUUCUCUGGGUGCUCCGGUUUCCUCUCACAUCCCAAAGAUAUACAAGUUUGAAGGUUAAUUGGCUUCUGUAAAUUGUAAAUUGUCCCUAGUGUGUAGAAUAGUGCUAGUGUAUGGGGUGAUCGCUGGUCGGCACGGACUUGGUGGGCCGAAAGGCAUAUUUCCGUUCCGUAUCUCUAAAAAAAAACCGUUAAUACAUUUUCAGGAACAUUAUCUGCAGUAUAAUUUUUUAAUUAUAAUGUACUGUAUAUGUAUAAUCUAGAGCCAAUAAUUAUCAAUUUUAAGACCAAUUGAUCUUUAUAGAGGUGUACAAAAUUAUGAAUA